UGGUGCUGCUGCUGGUGGAGGUGUUUGGAGUUUGCGGCGAGCCGAGGGAGCGAGCGAGCACCGAGGGCCAGAGCAACCGUGACCACCUCGCGAGCUUGUGGGCCACCGAAACACGCUUCGGCCCGAAGAGUGACAAUGAAAUAUACUCCGAGGUUUGCUCGGGAGACGCAGCAGUUGACGUUAGAGUGACUCUUUUUUUUCCCAAACUGGAGCCGCUUCCUUGUUCGAGAACUGCGCGACACAUCUCAACCUCCUCACAAAGAAACUUUUGCCUGCUAGGCUGCUAACUCGCACACAAGCCAGGGGGAGAGAGAGAGAGAGAAGUAUGAUCACCGCCGAAGACUUUAACACAAGCGGUUAGGAACUGUAGUCCGUCUCGAGGGUCGUGUUCACUCGGAAGUGGUGUUUAAAUGAGUCGAGUCUGACUCUUUGUAACGGGUUUGAGUAGUCAUCAUCCUCAUCAUCCUCAUCCUCAUCAUCAUCAUCAUCAUCCUCCUCCUCAUCACCGCCACCACCACCAGAGGAGGAAGGGGUCGCAGCUGGUAACUUGGGACAGCCACUGCCACGGGUUUUCCUGCAGAGCGCCCCCCCCUCCCCUCCCCUCAGCUCCCCCGGGCAGGACAGGAGCCGAGCGGCCGCCGAGAUGUCCGCCGGCCGAAGCGGAGCAGGGCAGAGCCAGACCCGGGCGGCUGCUCCGGGUCCGCAGCCCCUCAAGGCCACCGUCCCCUAUCAGCUGGCCAGCAAGCCCCGGUCACACCGGCGAGUCGGAAAGUCAGCUGGAAAGGACAAACUGCACCAGCUGAGCUCUGGCAUGAGGCGGACGGUGUCUCUGGACGCCAUCAUCGGGCCGUACCUGCAGGGACACUGGCCGAAAGAACCAGAGGGUCAGAGCAGCAAGGACAAGUCCACUCAGACCCCAGAUUCGUGGUCAGAUAACUCCCAGAGCAGGAGAGGAAGCAGCAGCAGCAGCAGCAGCACCAGCAGCAGCAGCAGCAGCAGUAGCAGCCACAAACGCUCUGUGUCGUGGGGCAGCGCUGAGCAUCUGCGGGAGAUUGCUAAACUAAAACAACAACUGCAGCAGCGCAACAAACCUCCAGUCUCAGGGGGACAUGACAAAAACUGCCAGCGAGGCAAUCCUCAGAGGAGCUGUAGCCUAGGAACUACCCAGACUCAGUCGACUCCCAUCCCUCUCGCUCCCUUGUCUACACUGGUCCCUCGACUGCGCUGUAGUGUGGAGGGCCUCAACCAGGAGCUGGAGGGCAUGUUUAUCUGCCAGCCACUGCAUCCUCAGCACAGGCUCCUUGAGAUUCCAGAUGGUCACCGGGCUCCGGUCCCUCCGCAGAGCUGCAGCAGUGGCUCUCAGAGUGACCCUGCCACCACGCCCCUGUCCUCAUCCUCAUCCUCCCCCUGCUCCUCUCCCAACUACAUCUCCAUCUCCUUGCCCAACUCUCAAGACGUUCCUGUGGACCUCCACCAAGGUUUGACAGACAGCGCCGAGAUGUGCCUCCUGUCUCCGUUCUCUACCCAGAAUGAGGCCGACCUCUCCCUGCCCCUGCUCAUCUCCUCCUCUCCAGGGCCCAACAAAAGUUGCUGCUUCCAGAGGGAACCUCCAGAAGGCUGCGAAAAGGUCCGAGUCUGGGAGGAGACCAGCACUCCACGCCAAUCAAAGCCGACCCUCCUCUCCUCCUGCCCGGACCCCAACAAGGUAAACUUCACCCCCUACGGGGGCUCAGCAUUCUGCCCCGUCAGCCUCCUGAAGCCCCUGCUGCCCUCAAUGGACCUGUUGUUCCGCAGCCUUGCCGUCUCUCCGUUGGGUGGCUGCUCAAACCAGGGAACGAGCUCCUGCCAGGCGUCAUCGUCUGACAACCGUGCUGCUGCUGUUGCUUCCGAUCCUCCUGUCGCCACUGGCCCCAUGGGAGAAAGUGCUGGGCAGGGCCUCGCUUUCUGAUCACCGCUACAGAUCUCUUUCUGAGGAAACGAGUUUGCCUAGUGUAAAUCAUUCAGUGACAGAUUAGUCAUUGUUGCUUUAUUGUAGAAAGGUACCGUUGCUUUGCUUCACAGGUAUAAAAAAAAAACUUUUCUUAUGUUAAAAAAGAUGAUGAAUCUUGAUGAAAAAUUAUCAUACUCAUACACAAUCCAAAGGUGUGCUUUAUAAGUUACUUGUGGUGGGUUUCCAGGCAUCGUGACGUCUCUAAAUUUAGAGCUGUUCUUAGUUUUGUCUUUUCAUUAUCCAAAGAUUUAUUUUGGGCCAAACUUGUGAGUGUGCGAGACGUUGCAGUCCAGUGAAGGGACUGCUCACUUACUUUACUCUGAACUUGAUCUAUUGAGUAACUUGCUGCACAGAUAAUUCUGUUUCCCCAAAGAAGCCAUGAAAUAGACUUUUUAUUUGAUACUGGUUUUUAAACUCUCGACGGCAGGUGUGCCGUCGCUGUCCAAAAUGUUUGGAGUCUGGGUCAAGUUGAAAAGGAAAAAAAAAAAAAAGCAUGACAAAUCAGAUGGAUACUUUUUUUUAAUUUACCUGAUUUAAAGAAAAAAAGUGACUCAAUAUAAUCACUUUUUGAUUAGUGUAGACUGAAGGGAAUAUCCCAGUCGACUUGGGUAGCGUCAAUACCUAAAUGCUUCAGCUCAUGCAUUUCUGCUUUAAAAGUUUUACAGGUGUUAUUUUUGUCGUUGUCUCUUGUUUAAAAAAGUAAGUUUGUACACGUGUUAAAGAAUGAAAACCUGUUAUUCCUUGAUGUUCUAGUUAGUGUGCUUGAUUGUAUGUUCAUAGUUUUGAGGUUUCACAGCCUAGUUGACUACCUAACCAGUUUUAGUGGUAUAGAUUUGUCAUCCUAAGCAUUUCUCUGAAGAUGUUCUUUUUCUUCUGCCAAGCUGACAAGUUGAUGUUCAGAUAGAGGUUUUUAUUUCUGGUAGACAUGUUUGCACAAAAUUGAACUGCUACUUUUGAGUCGCAAUUCUUAGUUUUAUAUUCACUUUUUGUACUUCAUUGUAAAUUUAAGAAUAGUAAUAUGUAUUUUCUACACCGUUUUUUUUCAAUAACCUGCAACAUAAGCUAAAAAAAAAAAGUUACUUUUAGUUUCAUUCUGUCGGUAUAAUUGAGGCAGGUGUUACAUCAAAUAUUGUAUCAGGUGGAUUUUUAUGCACUUCCAGGAGAGGCCUUUAUGUGGAGGAACGCAUGUUAGUCCGGGGUUUGUGUGUCUGACAGGAGUUUUGUUUGUGUGUGCGGACGUGGAUGGGAAGAUAACUACUCUGUUUGACUUAGUUCUACUAGUUUUAGUAUCUUGGGUGAAAUGCCGGUACAUUCAAACAUUGUUUCCAAAUAGGCCUCAAUGUCUUCGUUUUGUUGAGUCGGCGUAGAAGCCGAGGACGUGCUGUUAUCUCAGGUCCUUUCUUCUGUCCACAUAAAGUCAUGAUUGAUAA